AUGCGCACUUUCCCAAAAAAGAAGCGAGUCACUGACCCCUUCGACGAUCAGGCUCGAGCCCGACUCGUUGGUGCCGAUCACUGGAAUUUUAACUCCAGCAGUACCCAGUGUUCCGGUGAUAGCGACUCUCUCUCCCUGUCUAAUCUCGUCCAAGGUUUCUUUGAAGAAGACACUAACGGCUGUAGCGAGGAUAAACUGUUCGAUGACUCCGACUGUGACCGAGUUGAUUCAGUCAAAGGCUCGGACCAUUCUGGGAGUAACUCAACCAGUCUCGCAAUCUCACUCUACAAUGGGGACGCUUACCGAAACUUACUUAUCGCGCAUGUUUCUGAAGCAGUUGAAAAGUUUGCAAUUCUGAAAGAACAAAACGCAACGCUCUUCCGUGGGAACGUGGCAGGGUUUCUCCGGGACAGGCGGCACAACGCCGUCGUAUGCGAGACCACACCGGACCCCUCUGGUGGGAGCCAUGAGUUCAUUGACGUGGUCCAGUCUGGAAGUACCACGUGGCGAUACUUCGUGGACCUUGACUUCCACGCACAGUUUGAGAUAUCGAGGCCGACGCAACUGUUCUCGGAGGUACUGGCUGCCGUUCCCUGCAUCUUUGUUGGAUGUGCGGAGGAGCUGAAACAAACAGUUUCCAAGCUGUGUGAGGCAUUGAGACAGUGUUUCAGGAGCAAGGGUCUUCCGGUUCCACCGUGGAGGAAGAAUCUGUACAUGCAGAAUAAGUGGUUUGGUCCAUGUCGCAGGUUGGUUGCAGACCCGGUUCGGAUGGCUGCGAAUGGCGUUAGUUGCAGGUUGGUGGGGUUCGACAACACCGUCUUUGAAGCUGGAAGUGGUGCGCUGUUUGGACAAGAUGAUCCAAGUAGAAGUGUUUAUUAG